AUGGUCGCCGGACCACCAGCCCAUGCGUACGGCGGCCGCGGCACUCUUAUCCUAGGCAUCACCUGGACGGAAACUACUCUGGCCACUAUCGCCGUCAUCCUGCGCGCCUACUCCGCCGGUCGUCUGGCGAAGAAAGCAGAAUGGGAUCUCUUCUGGGUCCUCAUAGCCUGGACUUCCUCCUUCGUCGCCCAGAUCCUCAUCACCCUUAGCGCUCUCUAUGGCAUGGGCAACCAUGUCGAUAUCCUCACUCCGAACGAUGUCGUUCAAGCCAGUAAAUGGGGCUGGAUAGGGCAGAUAGUCGCCCUCUUUGCGAUCGGAUUUGCCAAAAUUGCUGUUGUCGCGUUACUAUUGAGGAUGCAAGGACCGAGCCAUGUCAGGAAGAAAUGGAUUCUUCAUGGAAGUUGGAUCACGAAUCUGAUUCUGAAUGUCAAUCAGAUGAUUAUGAUCCUUCUGCAAUGUGAUCCGGUGUCGAAGAUCUGGAAUCGGAAUCUACCUGGCAAUUGCGAUUUCCAGAGCACGACGUCGAAAGUUGGAUUCCUGCAAGGAUCGUGGGCUGCUGCUAGCGAUAUCGUCCUGGCUUCUUACCCCAUCUUCGUCUUUUGGUCUCUGGAUCUCUCUUGGAGACGGAAAUUGGGUCUUUGUGCUUUGAUGGGAGGGGGCUAUAUUGCUGCUAUUGCUGGGAUCAUCAAGACGAUUUAUAUCAAACUGAUCACCGCCACGACGGACAUCACCUACGCCGAACAUCCUCUCCUGAUCUGGGCGUACACGGAAAUGUGGCUCAUCAUCAUCCUCGGAUCCAUCCCCCAAUUACGAGUCAUGUUCGCCUUUCUGAGAUCCGAAAUUUCCGUCCGCGAUCCGAAUAACACUACUCUCCAACAUUCUGGCGGGGAUCCGGACAAGUCUCUAAAUUAUCGAUUAAUGGAAUCCACGACGUUCGCGGAUAGUAUGACGGAGAGGGAAAGCCAAAUGUUGCCGCAGUUGAGGGAGAUUGUGGUUACGAAUAGCUAUUCUGUCACGCACACUGCUGCUGCUGGGAAUGAUGAAGAAGCUGCGAGGACGAAUCCUGAUUCUGGGACAUCUAUUCCGAUUGAAGGUGGGUUUAUCAAAGAGGAGAGUGAGGAAUCGUCGGGACAGGGACAUGUCAUGUCGACUUUCGAGAGUGAGAUUCCACGAUCGGAAUUCGGACCGGAAAAGUAUGUUGCCACCUUCGGAUGGUAG